UUUGCUCAACUCCACUGAACCAAAAAGAAGAGGCAACAUGUCUGCGCCCUGAAACAAGGUGGUGAAGAUUCAUAAUUUUGAAAACGGCCAUCAACUACCGUAAACAACGCAUAAUUCGGGACAUUACGAGUAAAACCCUGCAUAUUCUACCUUAAACGAUGUGUUUGGUAACGGGAAUCAGUCGUAGCCUAUAACUUCGCGAUGACUAAGCUGAUUAUUUUUUAUUUUCUUUAGUUUUUAAGUUAGAAACCAAGCCCUGUAAAUCGAUUUUCCUUGUUCGGUUGUGUUGUCAUCUCCGACAUAACCACCACGAUCCAUUUACAGUAGCUGCUGUUACUGCUUAAUAUUUAGAUAAAAAAAGAGUAGAUUUAGUAUUGAAGUCAUGUCGAAAUCAGAAGUGCAUUUGAUGCUAAAAUGUUUCUUGUAGUCUAGAGAGGAGGCAGAACCUGGUAAUAUCAAAGUCGUAUAGUUGUGUCAAAAUCUGCCAAAAUGAUGGCAUAUAGAAGAGCCUUAAACCUCCUUCCAAAAGGAAAGAAGUGUGUCUUAAGUCUGUGGAAACCUUAUUUACAAAAGUCACCAUGUUUCAGUGGUCAACAACACCUCAAUAAUCAAUGUGACCGAGCUUUAAGACCUCUCCACACUUGCACAACAUUGAUGGCUGCCAAGCUCCUGACAGUGGAGGAGCUUUUUGCCAAGGAGUCUCUGCAGAAAUACCUGCAGAAGAAGGUGGAAGAAUACAGUGAAUGUUCAAGAGAACUCAACAGCAACGUGACAGACCAGCAAUGCAACCAGGAUGACCUGAGGGCCAAGAGGACUAAAGUGUCCCAGCUGACUCCUCUUAUUCAGAGCAUCAGCGAACUUGAAAUCAAACAAAGAGAGAUGGCUGAGACUGAGGCACUGCUAAAGGGUAUUGGUUAAUCUUCAGCUUCUACAGUGAAGGUAAGAGAGUUUGGUUGAACAUGUCUCAUAAAUAUCUAUCUACUGUUGUUUUUCCUCCAAGAUGAAGAUCCAUCCCUGAGAGAACUGGCAGAGCUGGAAAGAGAAAGCUGUUUGCAAGAUAUUCAAGAUCUCAGUCAAAAGGUAGAACAACGUUUUUGUGGUGCAUUAUUUUAUUAUUUUAGGCUUACAAUGACUAAAUUAUGAUUAUGAACUAUUUGAAAAUGUUUUUAUUUGCACUGCUUUAGUUAGCAAGUUGCACUCCAGAUUUGGUUCCUCCUACAUCUCAUCCAUCUUAUCAGCCUUUCUGUUCAAUCAAUAUGCAUCACCAAUCAGAUCCUUGAGCUGGUAAUCCCUGAGGAGGAGGAGGAUCUGAACGACCUUGUGCUGGAGGUUAUGGCUGGUGUCGGGGGCCAGGAGGCCAUGCUCUUUACUGCAGAGGUAGGGAUAUGUAUUUCAGAAAUUGCAACAAAUCUCAAAGAUAUGCACCAGCCUUUAUUGACCAAGUAUGUGUACACAUUCAAGGUACUGACUCAGGAAAACUUUGCUCUUUAUGUACAAUAUUAAAUAUGAAAUAUUACAAAAAUAAAAAAUACAAAAAUUACAGAAAAUACAAAGUAUGUACAAAUCGAAAUAGACAUUGAAUGUGGGGAAAAACAUGCAUGUCAUGACAUAACAGGUGGGUUAUGUACAUGAGUAAAAUACACGUCGUGUUUCUACAGUAUUAACAUUAAAAAAUAGAUAGCUUCCUCAUCUUUCUUCAAAAUCAUCACUGCUGACAGAAGCAUGCACAUGGCUGUAAACAUGGAGCUAAGACAAACAGACGGACUCAUGAUUUAUUCUGUUGUUUUGGCAUACCUGAUUUAGCUGUAUGAUUCACUAUUAUGCCAACAUCAGGUACAAGGAGCGUAUAUCGAAACAGGUCACCAAUAGGAACCGAAGGGUGAACUAAGAGGCAUUGUGAAAGUGACCCGGAGACAAAACAACAUAUUCUGUGUAUUUAAAAGCUGAUUUGUUUCCUCUUCUUUGUAGGUGUUUGACAUGUACCAGGGCUUUGCUCAGUACCAUGGCUGGUCCUUUGACAUCUUGGAGUACAUAACAAGUGAACAAGGUCAGUGGGCACAGACGUGGGAUUUUGGCCACAUUAAAGAGUCGGUUCACCAGAAAGCAUGACAAGACAUACACCCAAAUUUCUUCUCCUCCAGUGCAUUGGGUGGGAAAAAUCAGAGUGGUCGAUGUCUAAAAAAACUCCACAAAUAAAAUGGACACUAUGUUCAUGUGAAUAGGAAAGGCUUAGAUAGAUGAUACCAUCUUCUCUUUGCUAAUGAUGCUGGAUGUUUUGAUUUUAAUAACAGCUUUAACUCUGUAAAAAAUAUGCCUUCAGAAGAGCUUUGGAGACUUGAACCUGGGUCAUCUUUUGGUGGAAUUUUUGCUGUUGAAAAGGAUAUAAAGAUGCAUCAUUCAUACUUUUAUUUUUAUUUUACAAUUUACUCAUUUGGGAAAUUCGAUGCCAUGUCCAGGGAUGGAAUGGUAGUUGGAGAAAGCUAUUUAUGUACACAAAAAUGCCAUCUAUAUAUAGUCAGUCAUGUAAUAGCUUACUCCAAACACAAGAGGGAGUCCUGUCUUUCAGGUAGCUUGCCAUCAGAAAAAAAAAAGAAUAUUUUUUUAUAUCACUGUCAUUACAAGUGAAAAUAACAUUUGAAUGGGCUCUCUUCUUCCUCUCCUGUGACCAGGUGGAGUUCGUCAUGCCUCAGCCAGCAUUAGUGGCUCUCGGUGCUACAAAAGGAUGAAAUUUGAGGCUGGAGUCCAUCGAGUUCAGAGGGUCCCCAAGACUGAGAGGCAAGGCAGAACGCACACCAGCACCAUGACUGCGGCUGUGCUGCCUCAGCCCACUGAGGUACUGCUACAGCUACAGCUUAGAAUAAAUUUAAAUUUUACAACAUUUUUCUAAAUUCAGUUGUUUUUCCAUUUAUAAUUACAGAUAGGGCGUGUAUCUUUGUUUUUCAGCAUAUCUGAUGUUACUUGAGGUGUUUACUAAUUAUAAGUGUUUGUGUUCUGGCUAGAUCUCUUUCACAAUAAAUCCAAAGGACCUGAGGAUAGACACAAUGAGAGCAAGUGGAGCUGGAGGUCAACAUGUUAACACCACAGACAGUGCAGUCAGAAUAGUCCACCUACCAACAGGUAAAAUGGACUGGGUUUCCAAUUGGCUGCACAUGGAGAAACACUUUCAUGUGCUAACACUUCAAUGGGUGCUGCAUUCCUGUUCUACUUCUUUGUCCUCUUGUGAUAAUUAUUGGAUUUUAAGGCUGUAUAAAUAUCAGCAUGUAUAUUUUAAAUAGCUAUAGGAAAAUAAGCCCUUUUUGUAGCAGUUGAAUUUGGUUUCCAUUUCUACAGAGUCAAAUAUCACAGCUUUCCAAAGUAAAAUAAGGGAAACUUGAAGUGAAUGAGUUGUGCAUUAAUCCAUGUGUGUGCUUGUUAGGCGUGGUCGCAGAGUGCCAGCAGGAACGAUCUCAGAUAAAGAAUAAGGAGAAAGCCAUGAAGUCUCUGAGAGCGAAACUUUACACCAUGAAGUUAGAGGAGGAGACCAGCAAACGCUACAACCAGCGUAAAAUACAGGUGAGUUAUCAGCAAUAUCGAGCAGUUUAUAUGUGAACACAUCAAUGAUUGUUUUGUGUAUUUUUGUCUCCCUCCACCUUUAUUUUUGGGUGAAACUAAUCUUAAUUAAUAAGCCAUUUGGAAAUAAAUUGACACAUUUCUUUAAAGGUUCACACACUUGGAGUUCAAGUUUUUUGUAUCUUACAUCUAAAAUACUUCAAAAAACAGCAAUAACAAAGUGAUUUAUUUAGAAUUAAAGUAAAACACACUGGUCCACAUGAAAAAAAGUAAAAGAGCAGGAGUAACUUACUUUUCUAACCGUUCUCUUUUCCUCUUUUCCACUUCUUCAGAUCGGCACCAAAGGCAGAUCAGAAAAGAUUCGAACUUAUAACUUUUCCCAGGAUCGUGUAACAGACCACCGGAUUGGCAUGACAUCGCAUGACGUUAAGAGCUUCCUGCUGGGGGAGGAGCUGCUGGAUGAGAUGAACUCCUCGCUGCAGGAGUUUUCCAACCAGGAGAUGUUGAUAGAACUGCUGGAAGAAAACGACCAGAGCGGUUCUUAGGUUGUGCUCUGAGAAAAAGGAUUCUAACGGGAUUUAAACUUCUUGCCACCUAUUGGCCAUUGUUGAUCAGUCUUUCUCUGCCUUGCAUCCUUUAGGAAAAACCCGAGGCAAAGGACCAUGAUAGGUUUAAGAGGGAAGACUGAGGACAGAUGCUUCUACUUACCCAUGUCAUUAUUGUUCUAAAAGACAUGACAAGCUUUUUUUCCCAUUAGAGACAGUAUUUAACUUGUAAAAUUCAUGCUCAUUUAAAAUCAGUAGUGUGUGUUUUCAUGGUUUGAAGAGUCACACUAAAACAAAUGGGGACUGCAACAUAUUGCUCCUACAAGUGACUGUAAGACAUCUUGUAUCAACCCAUGGCAUGUUUUUGUCACUCUGGGGGGCAUUCCCUUGUUGUUUUGAUACAACACAGAUUAUCUUGCACUCAAGAAGUAAAUGCGCUGAUAAAGGACCAACAAAAGCCUGAAUUAUAUGUAGUCCUUAAGGUGUUGGUGCAAGGCUCAGCACUAACCAGUCAAGUUUUUCCUCACCAAACUGGAAAAACUGUGUUGUAUAAACUGGUUUGGGUUUUGGGGGGUGUUUAAUUUAAUGUUAAAGUUUAAAAAAUGGCACAUUUAAAGGGCUGGUGUCUUAA